AUGCCAGCGCCUCUUCUCCUCUCCAAGCCGUUGACCUUGCCCCACUGCACUUGCAAGCUGUCGAGCCCGGUCCCCCUUGACACCUUUGCUCCCGUAGGCGAAUACAUGGUCUACGUCAUCAAGGUCGAGGCAGACCCCGACAACGCCGCUGGCCUCGCCCCAAACUCCCACUCGGUUGAGCGCCGCUACAACGAGUUUUUGCUGCUCCACAAAUACCUUGCGUCCCACUACCCCCAUGUUCCCUUGCCCCCGCUCCCAGAAAAACGCCUCAACUUCAAGCUGACCACUCUCAGUAAUGACAUUGGAGAGGAGUCCUUUGUCAACAAGCGACGCAUUGCUCUUUGCGAUUUCCUCAUGCGCACCCUCGAACAUCCCAUCCUCAGCGCUGACCAAGGCUUUCAUCGAUUCGUCACGGUCAUGCUUGAUUGGAGCCAAGACCUCACCGAUGCCGAAGGCAACCCUCUUCAAGCCUCCAGCCUCAACCCAGCCAAAUCAUUGAGUGCCGUCUUUGCCGGCGAUACAGGCCACCGACAAUUCCGCGACUUGCACAAUUAUGCCGAUGUCUUACAAGAGCAUCUCGUAGGCCUUUUGGCCGUACACGGCCGCCUAGCCCAAAACACUCAGCGGCUCACUGUCGCCUUUGAAGAAUUGGGCAUGGCCUUUGACGACUGGUCACGCAUUGAAGUUACCCUGGCCGAAGACUUGGCCGAGAUCUGUCGUCUCUUUGACCGGCAAGCCGAACGCCUCAUUAACGGCCUUCGUGAUGAAGAGCGCUUUGCCGACUGCGUCAAGGUGUUUAGCGGCUAUGGUGACUCGCUGCGCGCCGUCGUGUCACACCAACAAGUGCUACAUGGCAAAGUCGCCAAGGCCGAGCAAGCCAAGCUCAACAAGCAACAACAGCUCGAGGCCCUCGACACCACCUCAGAUAGCGGCAUCUCUGGUUUCUUCAGUCGUCUGACGGGGCCGAGCACCCCCGAGGCACGUGAGGAAUUGCGGACAAAGCUCACCGCAGAGCUACAAGCCUUGACGACCGAGGCUUCAGAACAGGAACGCUGCAACAACGAGUUUGUGCAGGCUGCCCUGGGCGAGGUGGAUCGAUUUCAAAAGUUCAAGCAGCGAGAACUGAUUCUCAUGUUCCUCUCCUUUGCCAAAGUUCAACAGGCUUAUGCGCAGGCGCACGUGCGGUUAUGGACCAAGGUUCAAACCGUCCUGACAGCCAUGCAUGCACAAUGACGAGGUCGUACCCUGCGUCCGUGCGCACAUGAUUAGAAUCAGCGCCCACGCAUCACGAUUCAGGACCGGGGCGAUGUUGUUUGUUUGUUUGUUUGUUUUCCUUUGCCUGCUUUGGGUCUGGCGUGCAAGUAUGUUUGCAUGUGUGUAUGGAACUGGCAAACUGUGAAAAGGAGGUGCUGUGGGCCCAUGAUGCGACGGGCCUCAUGUGCCCACCGGGAGGUGUAUUUGAAUAGACAGCUACAAACUUG